AUGUCGUUUGGUGGCCAGACUCCAACAAUUAUUGUGCUGAAAGAGGGCACGGAUUCUUCGCAGGGAAAGGGACAGAUUAUCAGCAACAUUAAUGCUUGUUUAGCCGUUCAAAACACAAUUAGAAGUACUCUGGGACCAUAUGGUGGGGAUUUAUUACUUGUUGAUGAAAAUGGACGACAAACGAUUACCAAUGAUGGUGCUACUCUACUUGAUGUUAUCCAUCCAGCAGCACGAAUCCUUACCGAUAUCUCUCGAUCACAAGAUGCGGAAGUGGGAGAUGGAACAACAUCUGUUGUUGUUUUAGCAGGUGAAAUUUUGAAGGAGAUCAAGGAUCAUGUUGAGCAAGGUGUCAGCUCGCAAACAAUUAUCAAGGGGCUCAGGAGAGCUUCUACGAUGGCCGUCAACAAAAUUAAGGAAAUCGCUGUUAACACGAGUGAGGGUAACCAGAGGGAAACUCUUAUUAAACUGGCUGGAACUGCUAUGAGCAGUAAGCUGAUUAAGAGAAACACUGGGUUUUUCACAAAGAUGGUCGUUGAUGCAGUUUUGACAUUAGAUCAGGACGACUUGAAUGAGAAACUCAUUGGCAUGAAGAAAAUUCCCGGGGGAUCCCUUACCGACUCAAUGUUUGUAAACGGUGUUGCAUUCAAAAAGACCUUCUCAUAUGCCGGAUUCGAACAACAACCAAAAUCCUUCAAGGAUCCUAAAAUCGUGUGCUUAAAUGUCGAACUCGAGCUCAAGUCCGAGAAAGACAACGCAGAAGUUCGUGUCGAGCAAGUUUCGGAAUACCAAGCUAUUGUCGACGCUGAAUGGCAAAUUAUUUACAACAAGAUGGAAGCUCUAUACAACACUGGUGCGAAGAUUGUUCUUUCUAAGCUACCAAUUGGUGAUCUUGCUACACAAUACUUUGCCGAUAGAGAUAUUUUCUGUGCCGGCCGUGUAUCAUCCGACGACCUUGACCGCGUCAUCCAAGCCACCGGAGGAUCCAUUCAAUCAACUUGUUCUGAUAUCCAUCCCGAGCACCUCGGAACUUGCGGUUCUUUCGAAGAGCGACAAAUUGGAGGUGAACGUUUCAACUUCUUUGAAGACUGCCCAGCAGCCAAGACUUGCACUUUAGUUCUCCGCGGAGGCGCCGAGCAAUUCAUCGCCGAAGUAGAACGCUCCCUCCACGAUGCCAUCAUGAUCGUCAAGCGCGCCAUCAAGAACACCACAAUCGUUGCUGGAGGUGGAGCUUGCGAAAUGGAAGUAUCAGCCUAUCUCCAUCACUAUGCCGAUAAUAAUAUUCGAAACAAACAACAAGCAAUCAUCAAAGCGUUCGCCAAAGCUCUUGAGGUUAUUCCCCGUCAACUCUGCGAUAACGCUGGUUUCGACGCUACAGAUAUCCUUAACAAGCUCCGCGUGGAACACAGAAAAGGAAACGUGUGGGCCGGAGUUGAUUUCGUGGGUGAAGGUAUCACAGACAAUAUGGCAGCUUUCGUUUGGGAACCUGCGUUGGUAAAGGUCAAUGCCAUACAAGCAGCAACCGAAGCCAGUUGUUUGAUUUUGAGCGUGGAUGAGACCAUUAGAAAUGAAGAAAGCGCGGCACCCAUGGCUCCACAAAGAGGUUUACCUCCGGGAGCAGCCCAGAGAGCGUUGAGGGGUAGAGGAAGAGGUAUGCCGAGACGAUAA